AUGAGCGAGAAGGGUCGUGAGGCUUAUCUGGUUACUAUAUCUAUGCCAGAUUCAGUGAGGAAGUCUACGAAGAAGGAUGGGAGUUUCCAGUUGUGUAUGGAUUAUCGAGGUUUGAACUGGGUCACUGUGAAGAACAAGUACCCUCUUCCUAGGAUCGAUGAGUUAUUGGAUCAGUUGAGGGGUGCUACUUGGUUCUCCAAGGUAGAUCUGGCGUCGGGUUAUCAUCAAAUACCGAUAGAUGAGGUAGAUGUGAGGAAGACGGCUUUCAGGACGAGGUAUGGGCAUUAUGAGUCUGUGGUGAUGCCUUUCGGGUUUACUAAUGUGCCAGCAGCGUUUAUGAGAUUGAUGAACAGCGUGUUUCAGGAGUUUCUGGAUGUGUCUAUCAUCAUUUUCAUCGAUGAUAUCCUGGUUUAUUCUAAGAGUCCUAACGAGCAUGCAGAGCAUUUGAUGGCAGUUCUUGAGAAGCUACGGGAGCAGAAGUUGUUUGCGAAGCUGAGC